AUGGCGCCUAGAAAGCCCUCCACCACCGCCGAAGUGUCUUUGGUGCCUCUGAAGAACUGCCUGGUCAAUCUCCCGCCGUCGCUGGUCGCACUGCUGGUCAAUGCCAACACAGCUGCUCAGAAUGUGAUCGUCGAGCUCCAAUACCGGCCAGCUGCUGGAAAGAGCAAUAGCAACUCCACGCAUCGCUCAUGCUACUUAGGCUGGACGGGUAUGCCCAGCAAGCGCAAGCUUGCUCCUGUCGUUGGAAGAGAUGGUAUCAAUAGUAGCUCUGCUGCUAGGGAGCAGGAAGUUUCUACUGUUGAGUUGGAUACCACCUUCGGCCGAGUCCUCGGAUUGGCGGAUGGACAGAAGGUCGGAAUCUAUAUUCAUCUUGAUCCUCCAGUAGCUCAUACCAUCAGCAUUGAGCCGCUGACACCAGAGGACUGGGAAAUUAUCGAACUACACGCUACAUUCUUGGAGCUUAAUCUCCUAUCGCAGAUCCGCGCUCUACCAAAUCCUGCAUAUACUACAACACAGUCAGAACAUAUGCAUCCCCUUGCACUACACCUGUCACCGACCUCAACUGCGAAUAUCGUUAUCACGUCUAUGACGCCCGCGCCUCCUAACACCUCGCCGUUUGCGAAGAUAGCACCAGAUGCGGAAGUUAUCGUUGCUCCAAAAACCCGACCCAAGGCUAACAGGGGGUCUCGCGGUGACAAUCGCAGCGUCGCUGGCAGCAGCCGGAAAAGUGUGGGUGGACGAAGUAGCGGGAGCACGGUGCGGCCAAAGAGCAGCCGCUCUGAUCCCACAAGCAGAGGUUCGCUCUUCUUCAGAGGGGUUGAACGUCAUCUGUCGGAGCAAUUUUUCGAUGAUGAGGCAGAGACAGAUGCGAAUGAUGGCUUCCGUAUCUGGCUAGAUCCUGACAUCCUUGCGACAAAUGAGCUUCGCGGAGCCACCUGGGCUUAUGUUUCCGUCGUGCAACCCUCCGGUCUCAAAGCGCCGCUUGAUCCACAGCAACAAAUGGAUCAAGCAGAGCAAAAGGCGAACGAAGCCGGAACACCAACAACCAAGUUAGUGGCCAAGCUGGUUCCCUGGAUUGACGCCCCGGACACUCAGCAUGCUGCCAUUUCCUCCUUACUAUGCACUGCCCUAGGGGUGGAAAGCUUAAUGGGAGGUAUUGUUCGCGUGGAGGCAGCUCCUCCACCGCUGCAACGCUCAGCUGUGAAGACGAUCAAGGUGUAUCCGUUUAUGAGCGAUACGUCGAGGAGAAAGGACGGUUUGAAAUUUGGGUCUGACACAGCGGCGGCAAGAGAUGCAUUGGCUGAGCGCAUCAAACUCAUAUACGGGACCUCCGGGUUGAACGAGGGGCUCCUGGCGGGGCCACUCACAGAUGGAAUGAUACUGCCCGCUGCGGACUACAAACCUACAGGCACCGUCUUCGAUGGCGCUAUUCUUCGCUUCGACCCUCCAUUGAAGGCUGGCUCGGAUACAGCCAAGCCAGGGACUGGGUGGCUCGUUGGCUCUGAAGCCAAACUAUCACUUGACGUACAAGCCGAAAUAGCACGUCCAGCCGAGCCGGGCUCGUCCGCUAGCCCACCUGAUGAAUUGAUCCCGGCCGAUGUCCCCGAACUCGUCGGGAUUGACAAGGUUAUAUCGCAAGCUUUGGACAACUUGACCAAGUCAUCUUCUGUUCUACUUACUGGUAGUAUUGGUUCUGGCAAGACCUCAUUGAGUCAUCUCUUGGCCCACCAUGUCCGACGGGACUACUUGUUCAACGUCAAAUAUUUUUCCUGCCGAAAGCUCGUAACGGAUGAAACUCGGAUCUCCAACAUCAAGGAAACCUUGAAUCGUUUGUUUAUGUCUGCUUCUUGGUGUGCUCGGCUCGGAGGACAGUCUGUUGUGAUCCUGGAUGAUCUUGACAAACUGUGUCCAGUGGAAACGGAAUUGCAGGUGGGGAGUGACAAUGGUCGCAGCCGACAAAAUAGCGAAGUGAUAUGUUCCAUGGUCCGCGACUAUUGCUCAAUGAACUCUUCUGUGGUGCUUCUGGCAACAGCCCAGUCGAAGGAGUCCUUGAACAACGUCAUUAUCGGCGGCCAUGUGGUCCGGGAAAUAAUACAUCUCAGGGCUCCUGAUAAGGAAGGACGACGCAAGGUGCUCGAGCAACUCACAAUGCAGGACAGAGACUCCUUCCCUCACACCAAUGGCCAUGCGCGAAACGCCAGCACCUCUACCCAUGAUUCGUGGCUCGAUCCUUCAAACUCUGGGAGUCGGCCAAGUUCCGCCGGUGCGGAUGGCUUUGUGCUUGGGCGGGAUGUGGACUUUCUAGAGCUGGCUGGCAAGACAGAUGGGUUUAUGCCAGGUGAUCUGGUUCUGCUAUUGUCUCGUGCCCGCAAUGAGGCCCUCAUACGUUGUGUUCAAAGUUCUCUGUCUUCUUCAAAGUCGAUCGCCCUUGGUGCUGAUGAUUUUGACAACGCGAUCAAGGGCUUUACCCCUGCCGCAUUACGCAAUGUGACGCUCACCUCAUCUACUACGACCUUCUCCGGCAUUGGUGGCUUGACCGAGACUCGAAAGAUGCUUCUGGAGACGCUUCAAUACCCCACCAAGUACGCGCCUAUUUUCGCCCAAUGCCCUCUACGCCUCAGAUCAGGCCUGCUGCUUUACGGAUACCCGGGUUGCGGAAAGACACUUCUCGCCAGCGCGGUUGCGGGAGAGUGUGGCCUUAACUUCAUAAGCGUAAAGGGUCCGGAGAUCUUGAACAAAUACAUUGGUGCUAGUGAAAAGAGUGUUCGUGAUCUCUUCGAACGAGCGCAAGCCGCCAGACCCUGUAUUCUCUUCUUCGACGAAUUCGACAGCAUCGCCCCGAAGCGUGGCCACGACUCCACCGGAGUUACUGAUCGCGUCGUGAACCAACUUCUCACACAGAUGGAUGGUGCAGAAGGUCUCUCGGGAGUGUAUGUGCUCGCGGCCACUUCCCGGCCUGACCUCAUCGAUCCUGCCCUACUGCGUCCCGGUCGUCUCGAUAAGUCCCUGAUCUGCGAUAUGCCCAACCACCCAGAUCGACUUGACAUUAUUCGCGCUGUGAGCGAGAAGCUCAAAAUGGACGAGGAGGUCGCUGCGCGACUUGACGAGGUCGCUUCCCGUACCGAGGGCUUCUCCGGCGCUGAUCUGCAAGCCGUCGUCUACAACGCUCACCUCGAGGCCGUGCAUGACGCUCUCGGCGACCGCUCAGCAAACGACACGCAGUCAACGAAAAAUGGCACUACGAAACCAUCCUCCACAGAUACUAGCGGCGCUACCAGCAAGUCUUUCAUUCAAUUUCUCUAUUCCGCAUCCGAGCAGCACGCGGGAUCGGUGUCGAUGCCUCCGCCCGCUGUUAUCGCCUCCAAGCUGGAAGCAAUGAAGAGCGCUCGCCGUCGCCUGCGACAGCAGGAGCAAGGGAUGGCCAGCGCACCGACCAACGGGUCGUCCGCUCGGGACGAACCUCGAGAGGAGAUCAUUGUCCGAUGGGAGCACAUGGAGCGAUCGCUGAAAACCACGCGCAGCUCUUUAAGUGAUGCUGAACGGCGACGCUUGGAAGCUAUCUACCGUGAAUUUAUCUUUGGGCGCAACGGAGAGAUGCCUACUGGCGAGGGUGGACGAGAAAUCGGAGGUCGCACCAGCUUGAUGUGAUGACAGAUUCUAUCAUCACAGAAGCUGUGGGGAG